UUUCCACCUCCACUAGUUUCAUCUCUUUUUGUUUCGCAAUGUAUUAUGUUUUCCAUCUUUUGAGCUUUUUUGCCGGUUAUUAGCGUGCUCAUCACUGUAUACCAAAAACCUACUAAAAAAUAUUGCCUACUAGAAUUAAAAAAAAAAUAUAUCAAAAAUCUAUCCAAAAAGUAGAAAUCUGCUGAAUGUGGCAACGCUGUUACAAAAUAAACACAACUGUCCAACUCAAAAUUCAAUUGUCAAAUAUUCUUCUUCUUUGCAAUUAGCCUUGUACCACAUAUAUUAGCGAUCCACAUUAUGUGUCGCCAUCUCUAAUUCCGGAAGCUCACUAUAUAUAUGGAACCAAUUUUUUCCAUUGAGUUCGCAGGGCAUGGAUUACUCGUCCUCUCUCUUUCCUUGUCUAAGGUGAAGCGCAUAUUUCAGCGUUACCACAUGGCAUGGUUACCAGUUACCACUUGUUAUCUCUUAACCCCACUUAACCCUUAACCACUAGAUAACUGUACUUUGUGAAACCGGACGUUAAAAUUUAGAAUAGAAUAGAUUAUUUGUAAAUAGAUCGUUGGUGGUAUAGUACAUACCAUUUUGGUUGUUAUAUUAUUACCUAAUAUAUUAUCUUAGUUAAGUUAUCAAAGUGUGUUUCCUUAUUUACCAAAGUGUAAAAUUAUUAUUGGUGUAUUAUUUAUAAUACACAAAUUCAAGUUUAAUCAAAUGGAAGUACAACAAGAAAUUGGCGGGAAAACGGGAAACUCAUUUGAAGAAAACCAAGAAAUUGAAAAAGAUCCUCUCCAAGAGAAGAAUAUGGACAUUAUGAAGACACCAAAUGAAGAUUCAUCUCACGAAGAAAAUGACAUGAAUCCACAAGUUGAAGGGAAAACAUUAAAUAAAAAUGGAAAAAAAGUAACACACAAUGGAAAGAAAUCUCAGAAGUGUGAAAUUUGUUUUAAGCAGUUUAUUAAACCAAGUCAUUUGAAAAUACAUUUGAGAGUGCACACUGGUGAAAAACCGUACAAGUGUGAACUUUGUUAUAAGCAGUUCAGUGCAUCAAGUGGUUUGAAGGUACAUUUCAGAAGGCAUACUGGAGAAAAACCACAUAAGUGUAAAAUUUGUUUUAAGCAAUGGAGUACAUCAAGUCAUUUGAAAAGACAUUUAAGAGUGCACACUGGAGAAAAAGCUCACAAGUGUGAAGUUUGUUUUAAGCAGUUUAGUGAAGCAGAUAAUUUGAAAACACAUUUGAGAUUGCACACUGGGGAGAAACCUUACAAGUGUGAGAUUUGUUUUGAGCAGUUUAGUACAGCAGAUACUCUAAAAAAACAUUUGAGAGUGCACACUGGAGAAAAACCUCACAAGUGUGAAAUUUGUUUGAAGCAAUUUAUUCAAGCAGGUGCUUACAACAAACACAUGAAAGUUCACACUAAAGAAAAAACUUCCAAGUGUGAAAUUUGUUUUAAGCAGUUCACUGGAACAGAAGGUUUGAAAACACACUUGAGAACACAUACAGAAGAAAAACCUCACAAGUGUGAAAUUUGUUUUAAGCAGUUCUCUACAACAAGUCAUGUGAAAAGACAUUUAAGAGUGCACAAUCGAAUAAAACCUCACAGGUGUGAAAUUUGUUUUAAGCAGUUCACUAAACCGACUCAUUUGAAAAUACAUUUGAGAGUGCACACUGGAGAAAAACCGUACACGUGUGCAAUCUGUUUCAAGCAGUUUGCUGGAAAAAGUAAUUUAAAUGAACACAAGAAAAUUCACGCUAAAGACAAAGCUUACAAGUGUAACAGUUGCUUAAAGCAAUUUGCCACUAAAAGUUAUUUAAAGAAACAUGUGAGAAUACACGAUGCAGAAAAACCUCACAAGUGUAAACUUUGUUUUAAGCAGUUCACUAUAGCAAGUCAAUUGAAAGUACAUUUGAGAGUGCACACUGGAGAAAAACCUCACAAGUGUGAAAUUUGUUUUAAGCCGUUUUCUCUAAAAAGUGAUUUGAAAAAACAUUUCAGAAUUCACACUGGAGAAAGACCUCACAAGUGUGAAAUUUGUUUUAAGCAAUUUACCACUAACAGUCAUUUAAAGAGACAUGUGAGAAUACACACUGCAGAAAAACCUCAUAAGUGUGAGAUUUGUUUUAAGCAGUUUGCUACAUCAACUGAUUUGGAAAUGCAUUUGAGAGUGCACACUGGAGAGAAGCCUCACAAGUGUGAAAUUUGUUUUAAGCAGUUCACUAAAGCAAGUUAUUUAAAGAUACAUUUGAGAUGGCAUACUGGAGAAACACCUUACAAGUGUGAAAUUUGUUUUAAGCAGUUCACUACAGCAAGUCAUUUGGAAAGUCAUUUGAGAGUGCAUACUCGAAUGAAACCUUACAAGUGUGAAAUUUGUUUAAAACAGUUCAGUCAUGCACAUGUUUUGAAAACACAUUUGAGAGUACAUACUGGAGAAAAACCACUGACGUGUGAAAUUUGUUCUAAGCAGUUCACUACAUCAAGCCAUUUGAAAGUACAUUUGAGAGUACACACUGGAGAAAAAUCGUUUACCUGUGGAACCUGUUAUAAGCAGUUUGCUCGAAAACACGAUUUAAUUAAACACAUUAAAGUUCACACUAAAGAAAAAGAUUACAAGUGUGAAAUUUGUUUUAAGCAGUUCACUACAGCAAGUGAUUUGAAACUACAUUUGAGAGUGCACACUGGAGAGAAACCUCACAAGUGUGAAAUUUGUUUUAAGCAAUUUACAGGUAAUUUGAGAAGACAUUUCAAAGUGCACACUGGAGAAAAACCUCACAAGUGUGAAAUUUGUUUUAAGCAGUUUAUUACAGCAAGUGAGAUGAAAGUACAUUUGAAAGUGCACACUCGAAUAAAACCUUACAAGUGUGAAAUUUGUUUUAAGCAGUUCACUACAGCACACUAUUUCAAAAUACAUUUGAGAGUGCACACUGGAGAAAAACCUCACAAGUGUGACAUUUGUUUUAAGCAGUUUACUACAUCAACUGAUUUGGAAAUACAUUUGAAAGGACACAGUGGAGAAACAGCUUACAAGUGUGAGAUUUGUUUUAAGCAAUUUUCACAAACAAGUACUUUAAAAAAUCAUUUGAAAAUACACGCUAGGGAAAAUCUUUAUGAAUGUGAAGUUUGUUUGGAGGAGUUUCGUGAACGACAUAAUUUGAAAGAACAUUUGAAAGUGCACUCUAAAGAAAAGUAUUGACAUUUGUUUUAAGCCUUUCGUUCACGAAUUGAAUUUACGACAUAGAGAGAAUGUUUCUUUUGAGAAUGUUUGAAAUUAGUUUUAUAUUUUCAAAAUGUACAGUUUGUUCACUACAAGAUGUCUUCAUUUGAGAACAUCGUGAGCCAAUAGAGUAAAAAUGUUAGAUAUUUUUUUUAAAUACUGACAAAAAACAAAAACUAAAGUAUUUUAUUCAAUAAGUAAUGUAUGGUAUCUUACAAAACAGUUUUUUUCUUUACUUAUAUAGAGAUGAAUAUCUCAUUUGCCGCAUGUUGUUCGUGAUUUGUCAUAUUUAACUAUAAAUAAAUUUUCCGUUGACUCAGAACGUCCACAAACGAGUACACACUUUUCAGAAAAUUCAUGGUAGCUAAUUUUAAGUAAAACCGAUAUUAACAGUAGUUUUGUUUUAACAAAUUCUACUAUUUAUCAACACCAUGCAACACAUUCAAUACUAAUUGUUCACAGUUAUAACGAAAGAAACUCAAUAAACAUUUACUAAAGUCUA